AUGGACCAUUCAAACAAUAAUGAUUUCCCUCUUCCAGAGGUACAUUCUACAACAAAUCAAAGGGCUUCGACUGUCCAAAAUGUUUUCCCAGUUCGCCGUACUAAUAUCAGUUCUUUUCAAUCUUCUUUACAACCUCAAAAUACUGGAAGAGUUUCCAAAGAUAGACCUCAUAUAUAUCGGUUUCGCAUUUCACCGCCACAAAGUAGCGGUUUCGAGUUUCAGGAGUCCGAGUAUACAGCACAAGCUGCAGCAGUGUUUCAAUCGAUACCUUCCACUUCAGCCUCUCAGCAAAAUUCUGCAAAUGUAAAUAAUUCUUACACCAUAGAAGAUGUCUGUCCAGAACCAGCAGAUGCCACUGAUAUUCUUUACGUUGAACAAUGUAAAAAAUCAUGCGAUGCUGCAAAUUCCAAACUAAUAGAAGAAGAUAUAAUCGAUAUUUUGGCUACAAUCUACGACAAGGAUAAAUUAGAAAGUUUAUUUGCGGAAGACAUUGACUGCUUGCCCAACACAGUGGAUGAUCUUUUUGUAUUUGAAAACUUUUUAGAAGAAACUUCAUUGAACUCGGAAGCCUCAAAGAUGGUAAUAAAUUGCCUUAGUGUGCUUAUCCAAUCGAAUAGUAGCAAGUCGACUUGUGAGGUCGUUAUUAACGGCAUCUUACUAAACUUGCAAAAAUUGGGCCACCCAGUAAAAAAAUCGUUAAACAAAGAUAUUAAGAAAUAUUUGGUAGAUUAUUCCGACUCACCAACAGAUCCCAAUUUAUUUGGAUCAGGUUCAAAAAAGGUUUUUUUCUGCGUAAACUAUUGUUGUGCUUUCACUGGAGACCACAAAGAUGAUAAAUGUUGCUUCCAAUGUUCUACUCCAAGGUCACCUAACAGUUAUGGAUGGUACAUUUCUCCAAUUCCUAUGAUCCGCAAACUCUUUCUCAAUUCAAAAAUUUGUGAAAUUCUAAAGUUCCCCCACAGAAAAGACAACGAUUACAUUCGUGACAUUUGGGAUGCAGAAUAUAUACAUGAGCUCGAAAAUAAAGGUAUCAAAACCAGUCCUUAUAAAACUAAUUUUCUUGGUAAAGAGAUGGACGUUGUUCCUCUUUUUUUUGGUCUCAGGGCAGACAGUGGUGACGUAUUUCGAAGUGACUAUUUUGAAAUUAUGAACACUUCUUUACAGCUAUACAACCUUCCUUCUACUAUGCGAUCAUCGACAAAGUAUCUCUUCCCGGUAAUGCCAUACCCCAAGAAAAAAAUUAAUAAUAAACAACCUCCAAAUCAUUCUUCUUUUUUGCAGGCAAUAGUUGAUGAUUUCAACCGUAUGAAAAACGGCUUUAUUGUGCGCGCUGGUAGCGACUGGAAAUAUAUUAUUGUGACAUGCCACUUAGUCUUUUUUAAUGGAGACAUGAUAACACGGUCUGGUGCAUUAGGCAUUGUUGCUCCCUCUGGAAACUUCAGUUGUUUAAACUGUUAUGUGCCUACUUCAAAGCUUGGAGGUAAACCUUCUUUUAUUAAGCCUGACCCUUGCAACCCGGGGCAAUUUUUUCCGAGCGGCAAUGGCCAAUUUCUAGUUCGAAACAAUCAGACUCACCAGAGGGACCUGCAGAAGGUCAAUGACUUGGGCUUGAUGUCUGACUCCGACAAAAUAAUUACUGGCAUACGUGGAAAAUCGUCUUUACUUUCACUAGAUUCUAUAUCUCUUGAAGAUUCUUUCCCUCCAGAUGCUUUUAAUCUUUUGUUUGAAAAUCUCGAGCGUGAGUUUCUUUACAUUCUCAUUGGCGUUCCUUUAGGAAACAUUCUACGCCCUUGCAAAAAAUUUCCAAAGAAUUUCCUUCUCAGCCAUGAAGCUCGAGCCAUACUUAGAAAUUUCUUUACUAGCUUUAAUGAGCUGGGUAUUGCUUCUAAAAUGAUGGGUCAAAUGUUCGACCUAGACUCUUUUUUUAGCGGGAAACUAUUUAACUUAACUAGUAUUGAACUCAAAACUAUUUUGGAGAUUUUCCCAGUUUUUCUUGUUCUUUUAGUCAAUGAACUAACUCCAAUUCAACGUCAAUUCAUUCAGCUUUGCUGUGAUAUGUUUUGCGUUUUUCGUGUUGCUUGCAUGACAGCGAUUCCACGCAUUGUUUUGAAGCAGCUGGAGCCAUGCAUUAAAGACAUGGUACAACGAUUUGAAGAACUAACUACGUUUUACCAUACCGAAGGUAGCAACUGUUGCACUUUGUCUUUGCACACACUCCUCCAUAUUGUGAAGAUCAUUGAAAGAACUGGGAACCCAAGAGUUCAUUGGACUAGGGACGUUGAUGGCCAGGUCAAAAUCAUAAGGGGAGAAGUUACUACCUGUUGCGAUUUUCUUACCGAGGUUUCCAAUUUAAGAAUGCGGAAAUACAGCUACGAUGUCUUUUUACCUCGGGAACUUAAUCUUUCUUUAGGAGCCAUCAAGCUAAAAAAUCUGUAUAAUGGCCAAGAUCUCAAUUCUAUUAAAAAUGGUCGAAUUUCUCAUUUAGACAAAAAAAAGAUUGAGAAACUUAUUAUCCAUAACGCUGAAAAUCCAACAGCAUUUAGGCAAUACAACGAAUGCCAUUUUCAGACAUCUAACAUGACUAUUUUAUCUGGUAAUUAUGCUCCGUUGGAGUCGUUCUAUCAAAACAAAUUCUCGUCUAUUUGCCUUGUUUUGGAUUUGAUUUCUUACAAGAAAAAAGAUGGGAAUCUUGCUGAGAUGGCUGUGAUUAAACAUGUCAAAGUUUCUUGCUUGGCCUACGUUAAGGGAUCUAAAGAGAGCUUUCCAUUCACAGACAAUGGGAUAGAUCUCUUGCCCUACAACAUUGACCAGAUGACAUUGGAGAAUAUCAUGUUGGUGAAUAUAUCUAAGUUGUUGAAUCCUGUUUAUUGCAUUGAUGCCAAUGUGAAUUUCCCAAAUUAUUCUAAGGCUUCUUCAGUCAAGUUCUUUUUGGAAGAAAAUCGGUUUGCUGCGUACACUGAACCGAAGGGCAUUGUAGAGUUGUUUUUAUACGAGAAGGAGGAAAAGGUGAAUGAAGCUUAUAAAGAUAUCUCCUACCCCACUCCUCCUACAACUAGGCAAACAUUGUUAGAUUACCGCAAGGACUUGAAAGAUAGCUUAAAGCAGUAA